CAGUUUGUACCCGAUAAGGUUCACUGCGCUAGGUAUACGACGCAUAUUUAGAAAAUAAAGACGUAAUUUACAAGCACCGUUCUAUAUUGAGCUAAUAUCAGAGACAGAACAUCAAGAAAUGUCUCAUUUAUAAAGGAUCUUGAUUAGGAGGAGUUAUCUUAUCAACACUGAAAUGACCUUUCAGAACUCAUUAAGUACAGGGUUCUUCAUAUGCGGUCUGUUAUGUGUUUGCUCCUUCCAAAGCAGUUUGACCCUCAAAGCUAUCGGAUCUACGCCACAGACGAUGUGCGCUGAGGACGUAUUAAUUCUUCUAGAUCAUUUAAAAGAAUGCAGUUCAUACAAGAAUAAGUAUGUCAAUGGCAUGAAUAAUGCUACGCAUGUUUUCUUCAAUGAAACAUAUCGAGAUAUAAGAACGUGCACGAUUCCCUGUACGAUUGCAGCUAUUCAACGAGGGUAUUGUUACGGGAGAUUGCAUGAUAAAGCAGCAUCAAGGCCUUAUAAAGAGAAGAAACCAGGGUUCCAUUCUUUCUUGAUUCAUUACUGCUGUUACUGGUAUGGAGGUUACCCAUCCAGCUCGAUAAGAUUCGAUAUUGAUGGAGACUGUGAUUACAGAGUAUACCAGAAGACACAAUCGAGACUUGGAGAAACAUGUAUUUAUGACGAGCAAUGCUUUCCAAAUCGUCUAAAAUGUUCCUCAAACAGUCGUUGUGUAUGUGCAGAUGGAUACAUCGAGUAUUUAUUUGAUUGUAUUCCUGGUCUUAAAUAUGGUGAGCAAUGCGGGUAUAGCGCACAGUGUGCUUUUUAUGGCGGAGUUUGUUCAAUAAACCAGACAUGCUCCUGUAAAUCUGGUCACCUAUAUGACAUCAAGGAAAAAGUAUGUUACAGAGGAAUCCAAAAGCAAGUUGAACAAGACAAAAAAUAUUACAAAGACAAAAUGGUUUAUGUACUUUUCGCUACAGUCGGAUGUAGUUUCUCAGGUUUAACAGUUGGUGUGUCGGUAGGAUUUGUCGCCAUGUUCCUUUUUCAAAAAAGAAGAUCAGGGCAACACAGGGAAAUAACCCAUUGAUGUAAUCACUGUGUAAUCUUACAUCUGCAGAUAAUAACUUGUGAAAUCUUUGUAUCAACUUCAAGUAUCUACUAUUAUACGUUAAUUAAAACAUAAAUAGAUCGAGUGAUACCGUAACAGAAUGAAGCUUAAAUGUUAUACAGACUACUGCUCGAGAAGUGAUGUACAUGUUAAUUCAAUAAAUUGAGCACAACAUAUCUA